CAAGCUGGAAAUCGACUAAAUACGAGAAUCCGCGCCGUCGCUUCCCUACACCAACCGAGCGCACCGCACCCUCCCAAUCACUUCCUCCCACGCAAUUGGCGACGAUCCCUUCGCAGGAGACUUCAAGGCUAUGAAAUACGGCGAACAGCUCGAGCAGGAAUCUGUUCCAGAAUGGAGUUUACAUAACGUCGACUACAACUCGCUCAAGCACGAGAUCAAGGUUCACACAAGCCGCGACCAGGCGACUGCAAUCGCCAUCCCCGGCCAUCAAGAUGCUGCUCUCAAGCGAUUCGAAGAUAACCUCUACCAUGAGCUUUGCCAACAGCACGACCGGGUUGACCUUUUCGUCUCCAGCAAGGCUGACGAGCUUUCGCGCCGACUUCAAUAUAUCGCCGAUCAGCUACAAAAGUUGAUUGUCAAGUGUGCCGAAGAAGGUGACCGCAUUUCGAUCAAGCGGCAUCGCCGGUUCGCCAAGUACGAGCGGGAUCUGCUUCGCUGCGGAGAAGAAACACUUGCGCUCGCUCGGUUCAUCAACGCCCAGAUCACGGCUUUCCGGAAGAUUACGAAGAAGUACAAGAAAUGGACAGGGUCUUCCACGCUCGGCGCACGCUUUCGCGAGAAUGUACUCGCCAACCCCAAAAGCUUCACCCGUCGCGAUCUGAAUAACCUCCAGACACGCUACGAGGAGUUGCUCAACACUCUCCGCACCUCUACGCCUCAAUUGAGCGAGCCCAGCUCCCCCUCCUCAGACGAGCAGACACCCACGAGGCGAGGGUCCACUGCAGAGAGUUUCUUCACACCAUUGCCACCUGCAGAGCGAGUUCCUCGAAGGCCUGUUCAGCAACAACAGCAACAGCACUACUGGAAUGAGUAUGACGAUGGCAGUGAGAAUGGUGGACAAGAGGAGGAAUACGCCAUCUAUAUCAACCCCGACGAAGACAUGAGCUUUCCCGGUCUGGACUCGAUGCGCGCAAUUCUUGCCGCGCCCUUCCGUCACGCAAAGACAUGGUUCUCACGACGGCAAAAUCCUGAAGGGCAACGAUUGCUGAGUAGCGAGCCCUUCCUGCAGAGCUACGGUGGCAUUUCACCACUUGGCACGGAUACCGACGACGAGUACGCGAGCUCCGACGGCAUGCCUACGAACGGAUACGCCACACAUUAUGCUACGCUGCCCAGCAUCAACGAGCAGCAAGUGCGACGAUACCGCGAGCGCGUUUUGUUCUGGGCCACCGUUGGCUGUUUCGGCGUAUCUUUCCUACUACUUCUUGUGGCUGGCAUCCUCAUCUCAACGGGCCGCCACAAGCUCCGCGCCGAGGUCGACGCUGGCGUAACAGUUAGCGUCGUGGCCAGUCUCUUCAGCGCCUGCCUCGCUCUGGGCAUGUCGCUCUACCGACGCGAUGACUUGGGCAUCUGGCAACGUGUGGCCGUGUAUAGCAGCUUUUUCACAGCCUGCAUGCUCAACGGUAUGCUGCUCAUCCUCGUUGUGGGGAAUGCAGCAUAGAGUCCCCUAUUUUCUUUUCUUACUGUGUUGCUUAGCUGGGCUGGGUUGCCAUGACCCAUGUUUGGAUCCUUUCCUUUGUCCAUUGAUUGAUUGCAUCGGCAACGGGGAGAAUAGUGGAGGGUCAACUUGAAUUUUGUGGGACUUGUUUUUCCGUCUCUGAAGCGAGGUGAGGAAUUUUGACAACCUUGAGGAAAAUUCCCAGGAGCGUUUGUUUUUGUCUUCCCUUUUUACUGCAACCAGAAUACCGGCCGCAUCACUGCACUGCCUGCGUGUCUUUUUUCGCCCCCAGAUACCAUAACUAUAUCAAUACCUACUAGAAUUGGGCAAAA